AUACUUCGACAUGACCAAGACCCGAGGAGUAAAGUGGAUUUACCCUAUUUUUCACCCACAGCCCCUCGACUAGAGACCUCAAUCGACUCAGCUCAACUCCGUCGCCGUCAACUAAGGAUAGUUCACUGGAAUUAUGAGCCAUCUCCGGCAAUUCAUCUGCUCCGUCUUACUUGCUUUCGCCCUCUACUCUUCUCUUCAGGCUCAAGCAAAUCCCUCCUUCUCUUCAAGGCCCACUUCCCCUUUCUCAAUCGCUCUCCAAACCCUUCAAAAUCAAAUCCAGUACACAUUUCAGGAUGUGGAGUUACUACGACGUGCCAUGACGCACGCAUCAUACUCAGGAGAGAACAACAGAGCUUUGAGUGUUUUGGGGGAGAAGGCAAUUGAGGGUUCGGUUUCUCUGCAAUUGCUCAGAAAGAAUAUCGAUAUGUCACCUAAGGAUCUCAACCGGGCUAUUGCAGAGCUGUCUUCCAAUGUGGUAACAUCGUGCGCAGCUGAUGGCGAGCGCUUAGGUUUGCAGAAGAUAGUGAGGGUUUCACGCAAAACCAAUUCCUCAGUUCCCGCGGUGGUUUGUGGUGCUUUCCGGGCAAUGUUCGGAGCAAUUGCGAUUGACACAAGUAGCUUGGACAGUGCUGGGAAGAUAUUUUUCGGAAUUCACGGGAAAGGCAUGGAGAAAGCUAUGGCAAUGUAAGUACCAACUGAUGUUGAUGUUGGCUGAUAUAUUAAUUACUAGUGUGAUGGGACUUUGUUUGUUGGAAUGUGUUAAAGAGUAGCAACUCUGUGCUUAGCUUAGCAUGCACUAUGUAAUUAGUUGACUUGGUAGUAUAUAACUUAUAUUAUGUAUCUAAAUCGUUUGUGUGCCCUGCAAUUGGAGUAUCUUUCGAGCUGCUAAA